AUGGGCAAGCCUCGUGCAAAAGACAACAUCAACAGAGGGAAACAUUCAAUGAAUCCCGAUAGGGGUAAGCUGGAAAAGGGGAGUACCAUGCGUUCGAAGGCGACCAUUAAACGGUUACAUAUGUAUAAGAAUUUCAAGGCCAAACGUGACGCGAAGGGUCAUAUAGUUCGUGCUGCCCCAUUCCAGUCAACAGCUCCUUCUGGGACAGUGUCUAGAGUUGACCCUAAUCGGCGAUGGUUUGGAAACACAAGGGUUAUAUCACAGGAUGCUCUGCAGAAUUUCAAAGAGGCUAUGAAGGUGAAAAAUCCCUAUGAAAUUAUGUUGCGCCAAACUCGUUUGCCCGUUUCCUUAUUGGAUGAAAAACGUACGAAGAAGAAAGCAGACAUUCUAGCAGCAGAAAGUUUUGCAGAUACCUUUGGCAAGAAGGCGAAGAGAAAGCGACCGCGCAUUAACUUUGAUAGUCUUACCGCCCUCGUUCAGAGCGCAGAGUCCAACCGAUUUGGAUACGAUCGUGAAAAAGAUCAGGCCCUCGUGAGGGAGUAUACUGGAGUACGCGAUGCCAUCAGCGAUCCACACUUUAAGGCUGGCACUUCCAAGCGGGUAUGGAAUGAACUGUUUAAGGUUGUUGACUCCUCGGAUGUCCUACUCUAUGUCCUGGACGCACGCGAUCCCAUGGGCACCCGGUCCAAGUACAUUGAAAACUACAUGAAAAAAGAAAAACCCAAUAAACACUUCAUUUUUGUGAUUAACAAAGUCGAUCUCGUCCCAGUUUGGAUCACCAAACGCUGGAAAAUGAUCUUGUCUGCCGAAUACCCCACUCUCGUCUUUCAUGCAAAUCUAAACAAACCGCUGGGAAAGGUGGCCCUUAUGGGUCUGUUGCGCCAGUUGGCAUCUCUGCACGCCAAGGACCGGCAGCAGAUUAGCGUUGGUAUCAUCGGCUAUCCCAAUGUAGGGAAGUCUAGCAUCAUCAAUGCUAUGCGGUCUAAGAAAGUCUGCAACGUCGCACCUGUUUCGGGCGAGACGAAGGUUUGGCAGUACGUAACCCUGCUCAAAUCCAUCUAUCUGAUCGAUUGCCCUGGCGUCGUCUAUCCGGAUGGUGCCACCGAAUGUGACCUGGUCAUGAAGGGAGUGGUUCGCGUAGAGUACCUACAGGAGCCGGAACUCUACAUCCCCGAGGUGUUGGCCCGCGUGAAACCCGAGUACAUGCAACAGCGCUACGCCCUGCCCGACUACGAUCCCACCUGUCACCCACUGUGGCACGAGAUGACUGAUCCGGCUGCAGCGGAGAAGCAGGCGGAGGUCAUUGCGCAGCCAGAUCCCGCACUUGUCGAGGUGCCGACGGCUGAGGGCGGUGAAGGGGCUCCCGAGAAGGUGGCAGUGGUGCAAGAAGAGGAGACGAAAUCCACCCUAUCCCGCUGGCCU